AUGGCAGAAGAAGUGGAUUACACAACUCUACCACUUGAAGAGAGAUUGGACCAUAAAGUAUGGAAAGCUCGUCUAAGCGCAUACGAGGAACUUUCAAAACAAUUUGAAUCGUCGCGUAAUGAUCAGGAUACUGUGUUUACUAGUCAGUCACCAGAUUUAUUCAAAAGGAUUUUAACUGACUCAAAUGUUGUAGCACAAGAAGCUGGAUACAAGACCUUCAUCAACUAUUUGACAUUUGGAGGAAACGCGCCUGUCGUCAGUCGUCUUGUCAAAACCAUUGGUAUUGUACAACCAAUUUGUGAGAAAGGAUUAUCAUCGUCAAGAAAAGGUACGAAAGAUAGCGCCAUUGAGAGUAUAAUGGUUAUAGUCGAAUACAUUGAUAAUCCGGACUUGAUCAUUGAAGAGAUUAUUCCAUUCCUUGGUAAUAGGCUUCCCAAGUUGGUCGCUGGUUGUGUGACAGUGUUGGCUGCAAUUUAUGAAAAUUUCGGAUGCAAAAUCGUUUCUCCAAAGAUAGUUAUUCCGUCAUUAGGUAAAUUGUUUGCUCAUGCUGAUAGAAAUGUUAGAGCUGAAACAACUAAAUUGGCAGUCGAGUUGUACAAGUGGAUGGGAGAUUCAUUGACGCUUAUAUUGUUUCCUGAUUUGAAACCAGUUCAGCAAAAAGAUUUAACUCUGGCAUUUGAAGCAGUCAAGUCUGAAAAACCACAGCAAAAGAGACUCACAAAGGUUCAAAGAGAUGAAAUUGCUAAACAGGAAGAAGCAAGUGCCGCUUCCGUAUCACAGGUGAAUGAAAAAGAUGAUGUUGAAAUGAGCGACGCAGCGUUACCUGACAGCAACUACGACCCAUUAGAGUUUGUUGAUCCGGUAGAAGUAUUGUGCAAGUUGCCAAAUGAUUUUGAAGCUAAAGUAUCGUCAGCAAAGUGGAAGGAUAGAGUUGAAGUUUUAGAAGAAGCCCAGUCAGUUUUAGAGAAGGCGCCAAAGUUGAUCGAUAAUGAUGAUUACGCUCCACUUGUGAGGAUAUUUGCCAAAAAUAUGCGCGAUGCAAACAUUCAAGUUGUUCAAUUAGCAGCCACAUGUGCAAAUUAUGUUGCUAAGGGAUUGGGUAAAAAUUGGCUAAGAUAUCAGUCGAUCAUUUUGGGGUCAGUUAUUGAGAGAACAAAAGAGAAGAAACCAUCUGUAGCUUUGGCGUUGGAUACAUUUUUGGAUACAAUGUUUACCAUAUCUGGGCUUAGUGGACCAAUUCUUGAGGAAUCUGUCGCUGGAAUGAAACUUAAAGUGCCUCAGAACAAGAUAGCUUGCGCUAACUUCCUUCACCGGUGCCUUGCAAACACUACCAAACCUCCGAAAUCAACUGAAAUUGAUUCGAUUAUGGCUGUCGGUGUCAAGUUGCUUACUGACUCUCAAGAACCGAUUAGACAAGCAGCUACUGAAAUGAUCGGAACACUUAUGAAAAUAACUGGCGAGAGAGAAUUGAAUAGAUUUCUUGAAAACACAGAUGACAAUAGAAAAACCAAGAUCUUGAAAUUCUAUGAGUCUGUUUCAGUGAACUGCUCAUCUUCACAAGCAAGAUCAACGCCAGUAUCGCAGGACAUACCAACAAAAAAGCCAUCUUCAUCCCGUGUGAUGUCAUUACAAGGUAGAAGCUCUACUGCUAGCUCUUCUACCAUACCUUCAAAGAGAGAGGCGAGCUCCCCCGCAAAGAGGACUGACGAUGGAAAGGCAUCUAAUUUGGGCAAAGGGUUGACAUCAAGAUCAUUGUCAAAACCGACGUCAACCUCACUACGUCCUUCGAAAGGGGCACAUUCCGCAUCACUUACAGGCAAUCAUGUAAACUUGUCACACCCACUGACUGUGGUACAGAGUACACCUCCCCCCCCUCAAAUUGAAUACAUCGUGGACCCCAAAAUGGAGCAGGAAUUGGAACAAUUAAGACAGGAUGUAAAGAGAUAUCAGGCGCAACAACAACAAGAUCGAAACUUAAUUCAGGAACUUAAUACGGAGAACGUAACCUUGAAAGAAGAAAUCAGUUCACUUAAUUCACGACUUGAGAACGAAAUGCGGUCCAGCUCAAUAACUAUUAGUCACAAGGAUACACAGGUCAACAAUUUGAAGAUCGAAUUAGACAAAGUAAACCACAAGGUUAAAGAUCUUGAAGCUGAAAGGGAAAUAAACAAGUUGCAACAGUCUAAUCAAUCAUACUUUGCACAUGAGACUAUACUGCCAACUUUUGAUGGCACGAAUUACCGGGAACCAGAUAUAAGGAGAGGAGUACAUCGAUUAUCAAUUACUGAACAGGAUCAAUUGGUCAAGCCAACGGCAUCCGAUGGAAAGGGUGCAAUUGGCUACAACCGUAGUUCGUUCCAUUCAAUAUCUAGUAAUAGAGAGAAAUUGGAUGUUGAUGCGGGCGAUGACUGGAAACGGGCAGCCGAGGUAACUCAGCAAUUGAAGAAGAGAAUUGAAAGAAUGAAGGCGAGAGCCCGGACUCCAUUGAAUGUAGAGUAA